AUGGACCCCUCUCGGAUAAUCAAGCCCUGGAAGCUCCAUCCUCAGCGAGUGUUGGUUUUUGUGAACGCGACCAUCGUCGACCCUGUUCAAGGAGAGUUGAUCGAACAUGCUAACGUUCGAAUCUCGGAAGGAAAAAUCACCCAUAUCGUCACAAAUGGUGCUUCUGCACUCACAGAGGGUGUGGCAGAUGAGAAUGUCAUCGAUCUGAAUGGGAAGUUCCUAUGCCCGGGGCUAAUUGACUGCCAUGUCCACAUCGCCGUAGUGCCAGGCGAAGCCGACCUGCGAGCAUACAAAGACAUGUCAGAGCGAAUCAGUCUUCUGCGCCAGCCACGCGUUCUGAAAUCCAUGCUCGACCGCGGGUUCACCUCGAUCCGCGACUGCGGCGGUGCAAGCCUAGCCAUCAAAGAAGCAGUCGAAGAGGGUGUCAUCCCGGGACCACGACUAUUCAUUGCCGGCUUCGCACUCUCGCAAACAGGUGGACAUGGCGAUAUGCGCGGGCCCCACGAUUCCCAACUCUGCUGUGGUGGCACGAUGUCUGGAAUCAGCAGGAUUGUCGACGGACCUGCAGAAUGCUAUAAGUUUGCCCGAGAUGAGCUCCGCCAGGGAGCUGAUUUCAUCAAGAUCAUGGGUGGAGGUGGUGUUGCGAGCCCGACGGAUCGCAUUGACCACGUGCAAUUCUCGGAUGAGGAGAUCAAGGCUAUUGUCACUGUUGCCCGAAAUGCGGGGACGUACGUUACGAGCCAUAGCUAUACGCCACAGGCCAUCCAGCAAGCUAUCAACCUUGGCGUACGGGGCAUUGAGCAUGGAAACCUCAUUGACCUUGAGACGGCCAAGAUGAUGGCCGAGAAAGAUUGCUUCUUGACACCAACUCUCAUUGCGCAUGUCAUGUCCAAGCAGAUGAAUUUCCUGCCGGCUGACGGGGCAGCUAAGAAUGAUGAAGUUCUUGAGAAGGGACUGAAAGCGAUGAAGAUGGCAGUCGAUGCUGGAGUCACUGUUUGUUUUGGGACUGAUCUGCUGGGUCCAAUGCACUUUGCUCAGAGCAAGGAGUUCUCGGUCCGAAGCUCUGUCUUGACUCCAUUGCAAAUCCUGCGAAGUGCCACUGUCAAUGCCGCUCGCCUCGUCAUGCAGGAAGACUGUUUGGGUCAAGUUCGAGAGGGAUUCGCGGCAGAUCUGCUUGUUCUAAACGAGAACCCGCUGGAGGACAUCACUAUUCUGGAUCGGGUGGAGGAGCAUGUUCUAGGUGUUAUCAAGGAUGGGAGAGUUGCUGUUUCCCGAUGGGACCAGCUGGCGGUAGACAUCUGUCCCUGA